AGUUACCAGCUAAUACAGUUGUAAGCUAACGUUGGACUAACCAAAGAGCUAACUGCACAUUUUAGUUUGUCUCAUUCACCGCAACAGAGAAGUAGACUUCAGUCACAUUUCGGUUGUAACGGUCGCUAUCCACCGGCCGUGUGUCUCCUAACGUUCUCGUUAGAUUAGGAAAGAUGACUUCUUCACCGUCGGAUCCAACUCUAGAAAGACAUUUCAAGGGCCACAGGGACAAAGUUACGAGUGUGGACUUGAGCUGCAACAUGAAACAGAUUGCCACAGGCUCGAUGGACUCCUCUGUGAUGAUCUGGAACAUGAAACCUCAGAUGCGAGCAUAUCGCUUUGAUGGACACAAAGACGCUGUCACUUCUGUUCAGUUCUCUCCCUCUGGCCACCUGGUGGCCUCUGCCUCCAGAGACAAGACUGUUCGUCUUUGGGUGCCCAGCAUGAAGGCUGAGUCAACAGCUUUCAGGGCUCACACGGCCACCGUGCGCAGCGUUAGCUUUUCUGGUGAUGGACAGAAUCUGGUCACAGCCUCUGACGACAAGACCAUCAAAGUGUGGACCGUCCACAGGCAAAAGUUCCUCUUCUCUCUCAAGCAGCACAUGAACUGGGUCCGCUGUGCCAAAUUUUCUCCAGAUGAUCGUUUGAUUGUGUCGUCCAGUGAUGAUAAGACUAUAAAGCUGUGGGACAAGAAUAGCAGAGAGUGUAUUCAUUCGUUCUAUGAACAUGCUGGUUAUGCGAACCAUGUGGACUUCCAUCCCAGUGGAACAUGCAUCGCUGCAGCCAGUACUGACAACUCUGUGAAGGUGUGGGACAUCAGAUCACAUAAGAUGCUGCAGCACUACCAAGCCCACAGUGGUGUGGUGAACAGCUUGUCUUUCCACCCGGCUGGUAAUUUCCUCAUAACUGCGUCCAGCGAUUCCACGAUGAAAAUACUGGACCUUGUAGAGGGCAAGCUACUGUAUACACUGCACGGACACCAGGGUCCAGUGACCAGUGUUGCUUUCUCCGGGACAGGGGAGUACUUUGCCUCUGGAGGUUCUGAUGAACAGGUAAUGGUGUGGAAGAGUAACUUUGACUGUGCCGGAGGCAGUCACGGUGUCAGGCUGCAACAUAGAACGACUUCCAGCUCCACGGCUCAGCCCUCCUUCGACUCACAUCCAUCUGCUCUCUGCAGCGAGGCUCCCGAACCAUCAGAACAUUUUAAUGGACAGGACUCCCACACUGCUGCCCACACUCAGAGCGCCAGUCGCAGUGGCAGCCACAGCCGAGCGACUCAUUCCCACACCUACAGACACCUCAGCAGCAGUUCCUCCUCCACCCACCAGCCACAGACCCGCGGUUUACCACAGCGGUCCCCCCAGGUUCAAGCACAGGCCCAGGCCUCAGACGGAGGGGUCCCCCCUGGUUUAGCCAGCACCCUGGAACACAUCAUGGGUCAACUGGAUGUUCUCACUCAGACGGUUUCGAUCCUGGAGCAGCGUCUGACGCUGACAGAGGACAAACUCAAGGACUGUUUGGAGAACCAGAUGGAGAUCGGUCUGCAUCUCCAGAGACGAGAGGAGGCCUAAAGAUGGCGGCCCCAGAGAGAGGUCGAGCUGUGGUGUAAAGGAAAUGGGGUCGCACCAACACCGUGAACAGAAACACGUAUGCAGUGUUCUCUCACUGUUGUUGAUCACACUUAAAAUGUGCAAACUUGCACACGGUCUGGGAACAUUUUCCCGACUGGACUUUAAAUGCACACCGAGCCUUAACUGCUGAUGUACGGCGCCUGGUUGUUUGACAAAGAGCUAUCAGAAGUGAAGGAGUUGAAUAUUAGAGAAGUUGUUCUUCUACAAGAGUGCUGAGAGCGCAGUCCCUUUUCUGCUGACGGAAGGACCUGCUGCUACAAGUCACUGUGCGUUUGUGUGCGUGUGCGUGUGUGUGUGUGCGUGUACAAAAGUGUAGAAACAUGCAAGAGACUUUCAUACUUGCCUUUGCACUAACCGUGUGGGCGUAUUUAAAUCUAUUUGUGCACGUGCAGGCUCCCGCAGAAAGGCAUCAGAAUGAAAUGUUCUUCUUCAUCAAAAAGCACAUCGACUGCAAACGGUAAUCACAACCAACAUGUCCGUGAGUUACACACAGUUAUUAUUUUAGAUGCACUCAGCAGCAUUUUUAAGUUGCAGAAAGAGGAGAAACAGGAACCUGAGUUUGACCUUAUUCGCUGAGUUAGCCGUCCACAGAUACUUCGUGUUUGUUUACGGCCAUCAUUAGAAGAAGCAAUGAGAGAAGUUGAAUUGCCUCCUUAGUAAGUAAAUACUCACUAGUGUGAACCUGGGCCGCAAAAUAUUCUUUGACCAAUGCAUUAUCUUUUUCUUCUUGAGUGUUGUUUGUUAAAAUCUACAUUACCUCACUGUUUAAGUAACUUAUGUUGCCUUUUUUCAAGUGAAAUUAUACAUAUAUUAUAUAUGUAUAUUUGUGUCCCGAGAACUAAUUGGCUGACGGCUGAG